AUGUCAACAUCUUUUGAGGAGGGUACUGCCACCUUGUCUCCAGCAGACAUGAGCUACAUCUUGUUCUGUUCCUUUGCAGUGUUCUUGAUUACUCCAGCAAUUGCUAUGUUUUAUGGUGGUGCGUUGAAAAGAAGUUCAAUGGUGCAAUUAAUGUUGCAAUCGUAUUUGGUUACAGCAUCGGUUGCUGUCUUGUGGUAUCUAUUUGGAUUCUCUAUCUCCACGUCUCCAACUUCUACCAACAGUAUGAUAGGAAACAUGAAGAUGGCAGCCUUGCGUUCAAAGGAAGAGUUCCCCUUAUACGAAGAAGGAAGUCUCCCCACAAUUGUUAUCUUUUGUUUUAACGUCUUCUUCCCAAUUGCUACCGUACAGAUUUUUGUUGGUUCUAUCGGCGAAAGAGGCAGAUUGCUUCCUUCAAUUAUUGUUGGAUUACUUUUUGUAAUUGCCGUCUAUUGUCCAAUGGCUUAUUCUGUUUGGGGUCCAACUGGUUGGUUAUUGGAACUUGGUGCUUUAGAUUUUGCUGGUGGUGGUCCAGUUCAUAUAUCUUCUGGGGUUGCCUCAAUGUGCUACUCUUGGUAUUUAGGACCAAGAGGUGGUAAGUUAGGUCAAAGAACUGGUACAAUUCCCAAAUACAGAGGCCACUCUCAAAUGACUACUUUUCUUGGGGUUACCUUGAUUUGGGGUGCUUGGUUCUGUUUCAACUCUGGAACCUUGUUGGCUGUUAACCCUAGAACGGGAUACAUUUUUGCAAAUACCUUUUUGGCUGGUUGCUUUGCAAUGCUUGCAUAUGUCGCUACGGAUAAAAUCCUUACUGGAAAAUAUUCUGUCCAAGCUGCAUGUGAAGGCGUCAUUGUUGGUUUAGUUAACAUUACCCCAUCUUGUGGUUUCUACUAUCCCUGGGCUACUGCUGUUACAUCAAUUUUAACUGCCACCUUCUGCCGUUUGUUAGAGCCGGUGAAUGAGUGGACAGGCAUUGACGACUACUCCAAGUCUGGUGUUGUUCAUGGUAUUGGUGGUAUAUUUGGAGGUAUUUUCACAGGUAUAUUUGCUUCUAAACAUAUUGCUUCAACUGAUGGUUAUACAGAAAUUGAUGGUGGAUGGAUAGAUGGUCACUGGAUUCAAUUGGGGUAUGAGUUGGCUGCCAUCGUCACCAUGGUGGCUUGGACUGCUGUAUUCACUUUGAUCAUCCUUUACGUUGUUGAUCAUAUUCCAGGUUUGCGUAUUAGAGCAACUCCAGAGGAGGAAGAAAUGGGUAUGGAUUUGUACGAGAUGGCUGAAACUCUUGAUGAGUUUGGUAACGACUAUGACGAAUUUUUCAAGGCUUAUAUAAAAUAUAAGUCAAUGAAGGAAACUUACGAAGUUGUUCAGGGAGUUGAAGUUACUAGUGAGUCCUCCCCUGUUGAAAUUGGCGAGAAGACUAUGACUCAAGUCUAA